CCAUCGCCAUUAAUCUAAUUCCUAUAAUUCAUCUCUCUGCUCCAUUUAUUAAGCUACUUUACACACACACACACACACACACACACACACACACACACACACACACACGUAUGUCUAUCAGCAGCAGCAGCGAUCAGUGGAGGGCCCAAUUCUACACCCUCGGCGGCGCGCCUUCCUCUACCACUGUCCCACGCGACGCUCCCAAUAACAACUCCAUUUCCAAGCCCAGACGCCGCUCCAGGGCUUCGCGGAAGGCGCCGACCACGCUGCUCAACGCCAGCACCGCCAAUUUCAGGGACUUGGUGCAGCAGUUCACGGGGUUUCAUGCCGCCGGCGCCGUCGUGCCUUUCGGCAGCCACAAGGGUCCGGUCAACCUCAGCUUCGGGCAGGCUGGAGAUGAGUUCCAUAACAACCACCCCUCCGUCAUGCUCCCUUUCUCGGAUGGGCGCCAUUUUCAGCUCCGUGAUACGCCGAGGGAGCACGGGGUCCCCAUCCCGCAGGGGGGUCGUGGGUUUCCAGGGGCGGCGGCGGAACUCAUGGAAAUUCAAAAUCUGAUUGAUGAGGAUUUGAAUUACGAUCUGGAGGAAUUGGGUAUGGAGUUCUCUUCUUCC